UGGAGGAGGGAGGUGUGAGUGAGGGAAGGAGGGAGACUUCAGCACAGCUUGUCCAUCUUGUUAUUCCCUUGCCAGCACCAGCAUGCAUGUCUGCUUAUCAGCUGAUUUGUAGCUUUGUGUCAGAAGUUGAUCUGCUCCUCUUCCAGCAGCGUCACCCUCAGAGGACAGAGCCAGUCUUCAUUCUGGAGGGAAAGACCCCAGUCGAGUCCCACCGGGGGGAUGGAGGAGCCAGCCCUGCCUCUCUGCCUCUCACCGGGGAACAGAGCUCUGGACUCUGGCAGAGCGAGAGUCUUUUGGCCGAGUCCUGGUCCACGAUGGGCGACGUGGACCCAGAGGACACCAAGAGCGUCGACAGCAGCGACGGGGUGGUUCUAACCGGAGAGGAGAACCACUCCUCCAACUCGGACAUGGUCCACCUGGAGCGGGAGGAGGCAGAGAUGCUCGAGGAGGCCGAGGAGAAACAAUGGAGGAAAAAGGAGGAGGAAGAGGAAGACGAGGAGCUGCAGGCCAGUGUACUGAGCGUGCUCCAGGCUCCAGAAACUGAGGAGGCCUUGGGGUCAGCUGAGGAGCCUCAUGUGCCAUCAGAGUUCAGACAUGUGGUUCCCCCAAUGGCUCUGCCUCUUCUGCCUAUUGUCAAACUGGACCCCCCGUCCACAACGUCCACCCCGGUCCCUUCAGCCACAACUUCUGAAGUCGAGGAGCUUCACCUCACUCAUGGCCUUCACCCUCCUUCUAUCCUCGUCCCUAAAGCUGCAGAGCCAGCAGAACRAGGUCCGGACCAAGCUGGGUUCUCACACGUCCCCCUUCUGGAAGCUGAGGAACAUUCAGGUAAAGCAGCGCCACCGAAGGAGAAGCAAAGUGCACCAAAACCCAAACCUCUGAGCUCCUCUGGGCUGCUGUUUGGCAGCGCAGCGUUAGUGGCUGUUGUCGGGGUGGUGGCUUACGGUGCUGUGGUCUUCUACAAAAAAUAAAAACUCUAAUAUAAUCCCAGAUUGUUUCUCUUUUUAAAUCUAUUACUAAUUAACUAUUUCACCCUCCUGUCUCUGGAUGUUCAGCUUUUCWCUGGAUUCAUUUUUGUUCUACCUCAUCUCCCGAUGGAGCUCAUGGCCAUUUGGUUUUCUGUUCAGUCGCUAAAGAAACUUUAUAAAUAAAAUGUCCAAUUGGUGUCAGGA